GUACCUGACAUUCGAGAAACCAGAGGAGGCAUCUGUCGCAAUACAGGCUGUAGAUGGAUUUGCCGUCGAUGGGCACACGCUUCGGGCAAACUUCGGCACCACCAAGUACUGCCGCAAGUUUCUCGAGGGUGAGAAGUGCGAGCGCAAGGACUGCAACUUCUUGCAUAAGCUCGCGGAUGAAUCGAACGAGAAGGGCAACUGGAAGGGAGGCAAAGAUGGCCGAGAUGGGAAAGGUGGGAAGGACGCAAAGUGGUACUCGUCGUGGAACGGCAAGGAAAGCUACCACAAAGCGGAAUGGGCGGAGGAUGGGAAGGGCAAGGACAGCAAGGGAAAGGACUACAAAGGACACUACUACAGAGACUGGAGGGAAGACAAGGGCCGAAAAGAUGGAGGAAAGGGUCGGUGGAAGGAUUGGGGAAAGGAAGGUGGCAAGCAUGGCAAGGACUUCAAGGGCAGGGGCAAAGCAUCGAAGGAGUGGUGGAACGGCUGGUACCAGCACGACUGGGGAGGAGCGGAUGCGGGCAACUACGGCAAUUAUGACGAAGAGCCUGAGGUGGACCCAGCAGCUCCAGAAGCUGAAGGCGCAGUCCAAGAAGAUAAGCAGGAGUCGUUGUCGACGAGGCCCGCGAAUGAGGAAGCGAGUUCCUCGGCACAGGACGCCUCUGGACCAGAGGCCGACAAGGCCGGGGCGCCGGGGCCCGGCUCUUGUGAGGCAUACAGAUCGAGCGCCGAAUUGCCAUCACCACCGUCCAUGCCACCAUCGCAACCUCCGUCACAGCCGCCGGCACAGCCACCAGCGCAGCCACCGGCACAGCCACCUGCACAGCCCCCAACACAGCCUCGGGCGCAGGCACCAGCACAGCCACCUGCACAGCCACCAACGGCAAAGGCACCUGCACAGGAAACAAAAGAACCACAAGCGAACCUGCAUCCGCCGGCCAACCCGCCUGUACAGCCCCCGGCAAUGCCACCAUCCAUGCCACCAGCCAUGAGGCCAACCGCCCCGACAGCAAUGGCUCCGACCAUUCCAGCAACCCCACCGCCUGUACCUGUGAUGACUCCAGCAACUCUACCGCCACUGCAGCCACCUUCCCAGCCCCCUGCACAUCCACCUAGCAAGGCAUCUCCACAUGCAGCUUCUGAAACUUCCCAGAUACCUGUGCAGCCGCCCUCCCAGCCACCUCCACAGCAAGCACCGCCAGUCUCCCACGUUGCACCACCACCAUCACAGCCACCAGCGCACCCACCGGCGCAGCCACCGGCACAGCCGCCUGCACACGCUCCACAACAGCAUCCACCGACACAACCACCAGCGCAGCCAGUAGCAGCAACAGCAGUAACAGCAGCAACGGCAACAGCAGCACCUGCAGAACUGCUAGCGCAGCCGCCCACCCAGCCGCCCCUGCAGCCGCCACUUGUUGCUUCACACAUGGAUGCCAAGAUACCAAGUGCUGCGCCGGAGCAGCCGUUCCAGAAGGCUGCUGCGAGCGAGGUGGGACAUCGUGACGGACAGCGUCCAAACGGAUCAUCAAGGUCCCAUGCCGAUGGCAGCAGCUUCAGUGGCUUGCACGGCUUGCAGGCUCUCGCAGAGAACUCUGCGACGAGACCUUCCACCACAGCUCCAUUGACUCCUCCGAGCUUCCCGGCCGAGGUGCCUGCAGAGUCAGAUCGGCCGCAUGCUGUGCAGGAGCGGCAGGAAAACGGAUCAGAUCGGAUCAGAGCAGAGAGGAAAGCUUGGAAUCAGGCCAGGUCAGACGGGCUGUGGUAUGCCCCGUCGAGAUUGGCUUUUGAGGGCGAAUCAAUGACUGCCCGCGAUGAAACCUUCUACCGCCGCGCGGUGAAGCUGCUGAGCUUUGGAUUCUUCGGAGUAUUUGGAGGGUUUCAGGCGGCGCAAGGCUUGCAGUCCUCCCUGAAUGCUGAGCUAGGGGAGUUGAACUUAGCUUGCCUGUACGGAACUUUCACAGUCUUAUGUCUGGUGGUGCCACCGGUUCUCUCGCAUUUGGAGAGAUGGCUUGGCAUGCAGUGGCUGCUGGCACUUUGCUCUGCAGUCUAUGCGGCCAUGGCGCUCUCCAAUGUCAUCAAAGUACCUGCAGCACCCUCACCAAUGUGGGCAGUCACCGUUUCCUUCAACGUGUUGGUUGGAGUUGCUGCUCCGCUGCUUUGGACAAGCCAAAACACCUAUCUUAGCCGCUGUGCCCUUCACGCAGCAGCACUUUCGCAAGAAGCUGCUGGCAUAGUGACUACGCGCUACAAUAGUUUGUUCUUCUCUAUUUACCAAUUUGCUGGCAUGUUCGGGAAUAUCCUGGCUUCUGUCAUCUUGGUGGCAUUUGGCACCAUCCCCAUGGCAAAGGAUAUCUUGUUCUUUGCUUUGACUCUCUGUUGCCUGAUGGGUGCCUCAGUUUUCCUGGCAAUGCCGACUGUGGUGCACGAUUUGGGUGAUGAGGAGAAGCUACCCAGAAUUGCUGAUACGGGUCGACUUGCAUUCACGGAUGCUAAGAUUAGUUUAAUGAUCCCGUUCAUGAUAACGAACGGGAUGUGUUUAGCCUUCUUCCUGGGCGACUUUCAGACUGACGUCACUUGCCCAGUUGCCGGGCCUGCUUACACCGGAUUCGUGAUUGCUGCAUUCUUUGGUGUGAAUGCUCUUUCCUCGGCAGCUUGGGGUUUCCUUAUAACUCGUAAGUGGCUCUCGCGCCGCACGGUCUUCAUACUCGCUACAGUAUUCGUGGCCAGCUUUUUGCUCAUGAAGCAGCUCUGGACGGUGCCACAGAACUUCCACCUGAUCCCGGGGAGUACAACCUGGCAAAAAGCGGCCACACCGGAUUGGAAAGCAAUUCUGGCCGUGUUUGCCAUGGCCUCUGCAUUUGCGUGUGGUGACUCGUUUUGCGAAGCCGGGCCAGCGAUGACCUUACAGACCUUCUAUGCCAGCUCAGACCUCAUGGCGGCCAUGGCCAAUUACAAACUUUGGCAGAGCCUGGGCUUUGCAGCAGGGUUCUUCAUCGCCAUACCACUGAAAGAAUUUCCAGCAGUUCGAGGAGCAAUUCUUGUUUCUCUCUCGGUGCUGUCGCUGCUUUCGGUCCUACUGCUGGACCGAUAUAUAUCUCCCGUGGAUGGUUUACGAGACACAGAGCCGUGUCAAGUCUUAAACGGAUGA